AUGCCCAGUUGUGGGGCAAUGUACACCUAUGACAUAGAAUUUAUUCCUAAAAUUUACGGGGGUUUAAAAACAUGGAUAGCGUUGGGACCCCCUUCCUCGGGGGGGUUGUCAUUGGUUGGGGGUACUGUCCUCAGUGUCUGUGAUGGGAUGACCUACACACAACUGCUUGACCAUGGCUAUGGCUUAACCCCCAUUACACCUAGCAACUCCAAAGAGACUCCCACAGUAACUCCCUCCACGCACACAAAACUAGCUGUCAUUGAACUCCUAAGUUCUUUGUACACCACGUUAAUGUUGACAAUGGCUGUGUCCAGAAGACAAAGUAUGGGUUAUAGAUUUGCUCUAGUAGUUCACAGUCAUGACCCUUUGCAUUGGUGGUCCAUCAGCAUCUGUUUUCAGUUAGUUCACACCAUACUGACAUCAUUGCAUAUACUGCAGGUCAUGAUAGUACCACUGGAAGAUGUUGAUGAUAAGGAAGACUUCCAGAGACAAUUUAUGGUAACAAUUAGUCUCCCUGGGCCAGCAACUCAAGCUAGUACUCUAGCUUUAGAUGUGAAAAAUAAGGCUAAGGAAAUUAAAAGGAAAUUUCCAGUACCAGUAAUAGUUUACACUGAGCAAAUAACAUUAACCCAGUGCGCUCAUGUGGUCUGCCAAACGGUUAUAUCUGUUUGGGCCACAUCUGUAGAGAUGCCACCCGUGGCAUCAGCACUAUGCUGCCAUGGCAUCAUGGUAGAUGCCACCCGCAAACAAGGGGUUAAUGGUGCUGCAAUGCAGUUUCCAAAUUUAGCCGUCCCUCCGGCACCAUCCCCGGGUAAGUCCUCAAGAUACGACACCUCCCUUGGGCUCCUUACAAAACGCUUUGUUGACCUACUCCAAUCGGCACCUGAUGGCACUGUUGAUCUCAAUAGGGCCUCUGACAAGCUGUCUGUUCAGAAGAGGAGAAUAUAUGAUAUCACAAACGUCUUAGAGGGAAUUGGUCUAGUCAACAAAAAGUCCAAAAAUAAUGUUCAGUGGCUAGCUUCACGGAUGAGCAGUCAAAAUUUAGAGGGUGAUGUUGAACAUCUUGCUUCCAAAGAAAAUGAACUUGACAGAUUAAUAGAACAAGCAGAGAGAGACCUCCUGCAGAUGAGUCAGGACAAAAGAUAUGCCUACAUUACAUACCAUGAUCUUCACACCAUCCGAUAUUAUAAAGACAAAACUGUGUUUGCUGUGAAAGCGCCACCUGGAACACAACUACAGGUCCCACAAGAGGUCAAAGAGCAGGGUUAUAAGAUUCACUUGAAGAGUGAAAAUGGUCCAAUUGAGGUAUUCUUAUCGGAAUCCAGCAUUGGGGAAAGCCCUAUAAAACAGAGUCCAAUCAAACAAAGUCCACUAAAGACAAGCCCACUCAGGACCCCAUUGCCAGCCACUUCAAGGGCAAAGCUAAGACCCACACGGACUAGAGCUAGUAAGGCUUUGCUACAAACCCAAAAACCUGAGCUCACCACACCAAAGAAGGAGCCUUUAUCCCCUAGCCUGGUUAACAUAAAGACUGAGCUACCAGACCCAGAUGAAGGUGAUGAUCCUCUAGGACCCUCACCAAGCUUAGAUUUAGAUGAUGACAGUAUCCGUAGUGCCCUUAUAUUGGGUUCUGAUGAUUUGGGACCUGUUGGUGGUAAGCUUCAGCUUCAGAUGGAAGACCAGAGUGAAGGUGGAUCUGAAGAUUUAAUGCUUGGCUACUCUUCUGGGUCUUCACCACCACCAUUCCUUGCCCUAGAGCCACCUAUUUCAGAUACAGACUACACCUUUUCUCUUGAUCACACGGAGGGCCUAAGUGAUCUCUUUGAUUUUAAUUUCUGACCGCGCGGGGUUUAGUUCAGGGAGUGUUUUGUAAAGGCUUUUGAGAUCUUUUCAUGCAAAAUCAGUUAGAUAUAAUCUGCAUUAGCAUUAUUAUUCUAAUUAUUGUUAUUUUUAAUAUAUAUAUUUUUUCUUAUCACAAUAAUUCCUACAGACUUGCACCUCCAUGACGAGAGUGAUUUGAACCAUAAUUUCCUCUUCAUGUAUUUUAUAGACCAAAGCUUGGUUUUUGUCUUGCUUAGAAUCCCUCUAUUUUUCCCUUUCCCGUCCUAUGGGGGUUUUAAUUCUUUAGAAAGAAAAUUCCCGGAAUGAAAUUAUUUUAUAAAUUUGAUAAAUUAAACAUGGAUUUGUUAUCAGUGCAGAAUAUUUAUAUAAAGGAAAUGUCAUCGAAGGGACUUAUCUGUGGUGACAUUUCUGACAGUUUAACUUGAUACAGCAUCUAGCUUUUGAUGUAGCCAUCCCCUCUCCAUUCUUGUUUAAAGACAAUUUUUAUUAUUUAUUUAUUUUAUUUUUUUUCUUUGUAGAAGUUUUGAAAUGAAUGAGGAGGUGAUAACAGACCCUAGAAAUGGCACAGUUUUUGAGUGGUCCAAUCCAGUUCCACACCGUGAUUCUGCCUUCGGUGGCAAUCUAGUUAUUGCUUUCAUUUCUAUGAAUGCUGAGAGCAUACUGUUUAAUCAUGCAGUUCAUUUUGCAUUCCUUGUAUAGAGAACACUUCCCAAACUGCUGUACUAUUGAUAUU